AUUGGGAGUGUACAUGUAAUUACAGAUUAUGACUGGCGGUGGCGGUUUCGCAGCAAGGGAAGUGAAAUAUGGUUUUAUUGCAUACACCCCCAGGAGCAAACCGAGAGUCAAUGACGACGACGACGACGGUGGAGCCGACGAAGCCAUAGUCAGUAAUGAACGUGGAAGUUGUACCAGACUGCACCCGCCACAACCGAAAAACUUGGUGAAGUCGAACGGAAGUGCACCAUACCAAGUACCGAUAGCAGGGAUCCGAUGUUGUAUGAGUUCCUGUGCUGCGGCUGUGGGAUGGUUUUGAGGUUUGUGCGGGUUGUGAUUGUUUUCCGUGCCCCCUUAAGGAAGAAGGAUAUGCAUGACAUAUGAAAAGGAAUGAAGUAAAUGUUCAGGAACAUUACUUUUGGGAGACUUUGGGCUGACGCGCUAGAUAACGGUUGAAUUGAGUUUUCAUAAAAAGUUGUUUGGCUCCUAUAUCUGACGUUUCGGUUAAAUUUAUGUACCCUUCAUCAGGGAAUGUAAAAUAUUACUACAAUCAAUAAUUGUUUUCUAAGUCGCGUCUUCGACCACCCUUGGCGACACCACGCUAAUGCUGUAUACCACAAGCGUGAUUUUUAUGAUGCGCGUACACUCGCGGGUUAAGCAAACUCGUCCUAAUGUUGACCGAUGUUUGCUAAUUGUUAAUCUAUUCACUUAAAUUAUCUGUUACGACGAAACCCUCCCUGCGAUGGAGAUGGCCUAACACGUGAGUCGCCGUUCUAUUUCGAUCGUGUCUAUUGUUGACAACUAUUGCGAUCGAAUGAAUGAUACGGGAUGAGGUGGCAUUAUUGAACUAUUGCACAAAGAAAAACAAAAAAACUUCGUGCUCGCAAAGAAACGUGCCAGAAUUUACUCUGCUGAAAGUUGAUUAUUUCAUUAGUUAUUCCUAAACUAGUUAUUAAAAUUUGAUAAAAACCUACUUUUUGUAACUAAAGGUGAAUUUGGAAGUGAGUAUAGUAAUAGUUGAUUACCUAUGGAUAAAGUUCAUGCAAAUUUGUUAUUCUAGUAAUUUGAUAACCUAAAUUGGAAGACCAAAAGGGAAGAAUUUUGUGAAGAAUUACCGAAAAUUUCUAAAGCACAUCCCAUAAAACAUCCGUGUUUGAGUGAAUUGGGAACGCUAAAAGAGUUUCGGUGACAACAAUUUCUUUAGAAAUUUUCGUAGCGAAAUCCCCUAUUGCAAGAUGAGUCUUCCGGGUGGAAUAGAUGGUUCGACCAAAUCACCGUCAAAUUGUGUGGCUUGUGAUCGCCCGGACAGCAGCGAGGACAUGGUGGCGUGCGACGGUUGCGGGUCAUGGUACCACUAUAGCUGCGCAGAUGUUGACGGAAGCGUCGCCAACCUUCCGUGGACGUGCGGAUCAUGCGGGAUAUUGAAUCAAACACCGAUUCCACCGAAAGGCGCUCGUAAGGUAGACGCGAAGAAAGGAAGUAAGCGGCUCACGGUCCCUGCUGGUGCUGAGAAGUCUUCGAAGGUAUCCGUCGUCAGCAAAGGAACUUCGCGGAAAAGUAAGAAAUCCGGAGCGGAUGAAAAAGUAAGUUCAACUUCUAGUGCUAGGGCAAGGCUCGCACUCGAGCUAAAGAUGGUAGAUGAGCAGGAUCAGAUUAGGGCGGAAGAACUUCAGGCCGAGCUUGUGAUAAAAAAUAAAAAGUUAUUACUUGAGAAGCAGAACAGGGACCGCGAGUUAGCUUUAGAAGGCAAGAAGUUAGCUGAAGAGAAGGCUUUUCAGGAAAAGCAAUUAGAAGAAGAGGAGAAAACCCGAAAGGCGAUGUUGGAGAUGAAACGUCUGUCACUAGAAACAAAAAAGAACAUCGUUCGACAGUUCUCUCAACGCGGUAGUGAAGUGUCCAGUGUCAGUGGUAGUGAGGUGACGAACUCCGAAGAAAAGGUGCGACGUUGGCUGCAAAAGUCCGGCGAGCAGACAGAGGGAAACAUACAAUCCACGUCAGCAGCAAAGGACAACGGCAAACUUCCGGAAAUUUCCGGAGAAAUAACAUUCAACGAAGCACAGGAACCGAUUUUCAACGUAGCAAAGAAGAGCUUCUUCAGUGAGAUGCCUCGCGAGAAGACGGAGCAGGAUGGUGGUGAAGACGUCGCGUACGAUGUUCGUACACGUCUGACAGCAGGGAAUGCAGCUCAAGGUGCAGCAAGCGGUAGCAUGUAUGAUCCUACCGACAUUGGCCCGACUAGUCGGCAGCUGGCAGCCCGGCAAGUCAUGGGAAAGGAUUUACCCACCUUUUCGGGUAAUCCAGAAGACUGA